AUGGCGGAUCGCGGCCGAGGUGGUGGACGUGGCGGCCGAGGUGAAUAUCGUGGGCGCGGUGGAGGUGACCGUGGCGACUUUGGCGGUGGUGGGCGAGGAAGAGGUGAUUAUGGUGGUGGUGGACGAGGAAGAGGUGAUUAUGGUGGCGGAGGCGAUCGAGGGCGAGGAGGCUUUCGUGGUGGUGACAGAGGCGGCUUCCGCGGAGGCGAUAGAGGUGGCUUUCGUGGUGGCCGGGGAGGCUUCGAAGGUCCCCGGGUUUUUGGCAAUGGCACGUUUCCACAGCCCGAUGCAGUGGUCACGAAGCUCGAGGAUGAGAUGGUCAAGAGUAGUCUGUCGACAGCUCUCGCGGGAGCCUCUCUCGACAUCAAGCUUCCCUCACGUCCCGCUUACGGCACAGCCGGAAGACCCAUAGUUCUCUUCACCAACUACUUCGAGCUGAAAGGCAUCAAGCCCAACACAGUCCUGUACCGGUAUGCAGCAACUAUCAGCGACCCGGACCUGCCCAAACCGAAGAAGCGUCGCGUUAUUGAGCUUUUGCUCCAGACCGAACCCUUCGCAAAGCUCAAGAUAGCCAGUGAUGGAGCUCAGAUGCUCAUCUCCACCCAAAAGAUUCCACUCGAGGGCGACCGUCCAGCUUUCUCAAUUGAAUGGUAUCCAAAGGAUGGGGAGCCAAUUCCCAAGGCGACGGCUGAUGAGCCUGACAAGCGAAAAGAACUUCGCAAGAAGUCCACCUACCGCAUCCUGGUCGAAGAGCUCGGUACAGUGUCGUUGAGCGAGUUGCUCAAAGACCUGGCCCAGCCGACAUCUACGUAUCCGCUGAAGCUCGAGACCAUACAAGCACUCAAUGUCAUCAUGGCCCAUGGACCCAGUAGUGAUCCCAACAUUGCCACAGCAGGAGGUAACAAGUUCUAUCCGUUUGGCAGCCAUCCGCAGCUACAAGUUGCAGAUUUGGGAUCCGGCUUACAGGCUCUUCGUGGAUACUUCUCUAGCGUCCGCACCAGUGUCAACCGCAUUCUGGUCAACGUGAAUGUCGCAACCGGUGCCUUUUACAAGGCAGGACCGUUGUUACAAGUAAUACAUGAAGUCUAUGAUGCACAAUCGAGAAACGAUCAUCAGUACAGACGGAUGGCGGCCUUUGUCCGCAAACUCAGAAUCGAAACCAAUUACAUUCACGACACAGACAACAAGGGAAAAGUAAAGAUGGGGAAAAACGGUCCCCUUACCAAGAGAAAGGUUCAUGUCAUUGGAGACAUAUCACCACCCGGCAAAAACGCUGACAACGUGACGUUCUCUGAGGUUGGUAAAGAAGGAAAGGUCACCAAGGUGUCUGUCAAGGACUACUUCUUCAACAAGUACAAGAUCAAGCUCAGCGCGCCCGCAGCUCCCUUGGUCAACUACGGCACCCAGAAGGACCCCAAGUGGAUACCCGCGGAAUUGUGCGUUAUUUUGCCUGGCCAGCUUGCCAAACGAUUGCUACUUGGACCACAGACGAGCGAGAUGAUCAGAUUUGCGGCCCGUCGUCCUCACCAAAAUGCAGAGUCGAUCACCGGCGACGGUCUGCAGGUCACCAAGAUCAACCCGAUGUCGAACGGAUUAAACACCAACCUGGCCCCGUUCGGAAUCAAGGUGGCCCCCAAUAUGCUGACUGUGCCUGGCCGCAUCCUGAACCCGCCAGAUCUUCUCUACAGAGGUCAACAGACGUGCAGACCUAACAAUGGUGCCUGGAAUCUGGACCCUCGUCAACUGGGGCAAAAGCCGUUCCGUGUUGUGGCGAAGACGCUGAGUUCCUGGAACACAUUGGUAAUCAACUGUGGUCAUCGUGCAACCGUUGAUGGAGGUGUCCAAGGAGUCAUGGCCCACUUGAAUGCCUUCAGGAGGACGCUCAUGACAUAUGGUCUGGAACCAGGCCCUGUCCAGCAACCACUCUUCAUUGACGUGGCAAUCAAUGACCUCCAAAACAGGGAAAUUGGAAAAGUAAAAUUCACAAUCUCAGACACCGUGCGGAAGGGCAUCAAGAGCAGGCCUAGCUUCUUCUUUGUCCUGUUGCCCAGCGAUAAUGCGGUGUUGUAUGAUUCCAUCAAGUCUCUCUUCGAUUGCGAUCUUGGUAUACCGAACAUUUGCAGCAUUGGUAGCAAAUUCUCAAAGGAGAAAGGGCAGAUGCAGUAUUUUGCUAAUGUCGCCAUGAAGUUCAACCAGAAGCUCGGCGGUGUUAAUCACACGGUGGAGCUGAAGAAGAUGGCGCCGCUAGACGCGCAGACGAUUCUCUUUGGCAUCGACGUUACUCAUCCCUCUCCCGGCAGCGCAGAGACGGCGCCCAGCAUCGCAGGCGUGGUGGCCUCUGUAGACUCCCUGUUCUCGCAAUACCCCGCCAGCAUGCGCACCCAACAGGGACGACAGGAAAUGGUAGCCGCGCUCGACGAGAUGAUUGUCGAGCGGCUGCAACUCUGGCAGAAGCGAAACCGCGGCCUGCCCAACAAGGUGAUUGUCUACCGCGACGGUGUCUCCGAAAGCCAAUACCGCAUCGUGCUCGAGCAAGAGUACCCAGCCUUUAAAAAGGCAUUUGACAAGCUCUACGGCGCCGAGAAGAACCACCCAAAAAUCUCCAUUGUCAUGGUCGGCAAGCGCCACCACACCCGCUUCUACCCAACCAAGGACGAAGACACCGACGGCCGCACCGGCAACCCCAAACCCGGCACCGUUGUCGACCGCGGCGUAACGGGCGAGAAAAUCUUCGACUUCUUCUUGCUCGCGCACCAGGGCCUCCAGGGUACCUCUAAACCAGCACACUACGUCGUCUUGCGCGACGACAUCAAGCUCGGCGCCGACCAGCUCCAGAGCCUCACACACAGCCUGUGCUAUACGUUUGCACGCGCCACCCGCUCCGUCAGCAUCUGCCCGCCAGCCUACUAUGCAGACUUGCUGUGUGAGCGCGGUCGCUCCUAUCUCCACGGCGUGUUGAAGGGCGAGGGCUCCGUCGCGUUUUCCCAGUCGGAGUGGCAGCGCGAUGUCAAUGCCGCGCUUAUAGAGACGAUGUACUACCUUUAG